UAUUUAAUAUUAAUUUAAUUUAAUAUAUUUUUUGGUAGUUAAAUUAAUGUUAAACAUAAUAUGAUUACAAAAAAAAACACAAAUUUAAAAAAAUAUAGGUGGUUUGUCCGCACAUGCGCAAAACUAAUUCUCGGGCAAACUAAUUCUAAAAUAUAGAAUUAGUGGGUUCGUUUACAAAAAGAAAUAUAGGGUUAGUGGGUUACAUUUAUAUUAUUUACUUAAUAGAUAACAACUCUUUAAAUAAAAAAAAUAGUUAGAUCCUACUCUUAUUAAUUGGUCAUACUGGUGUUUUAAUAAAUAUUUUUGAUCGAAUAACCUAUUUCAAUCCCGUUAAACUAAAUGAGUUUAUAUGAAUGUUUAUUUCUAUUAAAACCGUUAAACCCUAUUUUAACAUCUUGCUCUUUGUUAAUUGAUAAACUUAAUGUCUAUGUAAAAUAUUUAAUAUUUGAAUAAAUUAAUGUCUAGUUGAAAAAAUCCUAAUUUUUAGGUGAGAUGUAAGUUAUAAUUAGUUAAAAUAAUUAAAUAUACCAAAUUUUGUUAUAACUAAAUAUUAUAUUUUAAUAGUCGGUGAAAAUAGUAUAUUUUUUCUUUUGUAAUAUUAAAGGUGAAAAAAUGAAACUAUAAUAAGUGUUUUUAUUUUGUAUUUCUUAACAAAUAUAAAGUGUCUGUGAUAUAAAAAUUAAAUUUUAUACUUUUUAACCGAGAUUAUAAGGAAUAAUUAGCAUACAAUUAUAGAAAGAUAUGUCAAUAAUGUAACUGUAUACAUAAUUAUAUAAAAUAAUGUGUUCCAUUAAUAAAAUAAAAGGUUAAAAAUCUAAAAAGAAAAAGGUUCAGAUUAUCCAAUAACACACAAAAGAAAAUUUUGAUAGAAUACUGUUGAAAGGAAGUAAGCAAACUUAAUUUUGAUAAACCCAAAAGAAAAGAAUAAUUAUUAUCAUUUAUAUAACAGUUGCCUAAUAUAAAUAUUAGAAAGAAGUGGUGUGGUCAUCGAUAAUUAUGGAAAGGAGGUUACAAAAUACAUGUUUUGACCAAUAGAUGGUAGUUAUGGAAAUAGAUGUGCGGACAAACCGCCCUGAGAGGACGGGUAUAUUUUUUGUUUUACAUAUUUUUUUAGAAAUCUAAUUUUUAAGUUUGUAUUUUUCUUUGUAACCAUGUUUGUGUUUAUUAAAAAAUGAAAAAACCCCAUUUUAGUUGUUGAAAGCCAGUUGUGUUUAUUAAAAAAAAGCGUGACUCAUGGCCUAAUUGUUAAAUGAAACCUCGAAAACCUAGAUUUUAUAUGAAUUUCUAUGUAAAAUAUUGUAUAGGUCUACACAUAUUUAUCUGAAACAAAAGAAUCAAAAGAAUCAAAAUUAAAUCAGAACCAAAUUCAUAAAUAAUCAAGAAAAUCAUAUAUCUCUCGACAUAACCAAUCUUCAAACCCAAAUUUUAAGAAUAAAAAAUUAUAUACCUACAAAUAUUAAUUAUAUUUAUUUCUAAUUAAUCAAAUAUACUAAAAAUACAAUUUAUUAACCGAAUUAUGCGGAUACUUUUUAUCCAAGACCUUAAAAAGUUAUUUGAAUUACCCGAUAUUUUUAGUCAAACAACCUGAUGUAUAUACUAAAAAUAUGAAUUAUCUGAUGUUUUUACAUUACAUUAUGCAAAAUUAUCCAGAAAACUGAAAUGAACCAAUGUUUUGAAACCCAGACCAGACAUCGACUCGUUAUGCUUACUGGGUGACUGGUCGAACCAGUUCAAUCGGGUUUUCAAAAAUUUAUAUAUUUUUGUUAUAUUAUUUAUAUAUAUAUAUUAUAUGUAUGUGUAUUUGAAGAUAUGAUCAUUUUUAAAAAAAAAUACUUAGUUUUUAGUAUUAUGUAACCCUUAAAGAAAAAUAUAUUUUAAAUGUAAAUUAUAAAUAAGAACAGAAAUAAUAUAAAUGAUCAAAAUUAUUUAUGUAAAGUUAUUUCUAUAAAUGCUAUAGAAAAUAUUGCGUGUAUAAUGAAAACAAAACAACUGUGACUAAGAAAUAAAAUGAUUUUGGUUUCCUAUUACAAACGACUAAAAUCAGGAACUAAUCAAGAAAUGCCAUUUACGGUAACUAUUAAGAAUCAAAUUUAAUUAUGAUUGGAAUUGGUUGAACCGGGUUUUGUAACUAAUAAACUUGGGAAUCAAUAUUAUUAAAUUUCAGUGGCAUGGUGCCAAAUGUUGUUGGUUCAGUCGCUUAUUUAAUCAUCCUUUUUUUAAUGUUGUUGGUUCAGUCCCGUGUUUCUAGACAAAAGCUCGUUUUGUGUUUUUAUUUAAUCAUUUUUUUAAUGAGUAGCAUAAUUGUAAUUUUUUCAUCAUCUUCCCCAUAACUUUUUUUAUAGGGUUUCGACUCUAAAUCUAUUUUCAUGGUGGCCAUCAACUAUUUUCCUGUAAAUUAUCAAAUUGUUGUGUGCUUAUGUAUUAAUUAUGUCUCAAAUACAUAGAUCUGCCAUAAAAUAUCAGUUUAAAACAUUCUAAACUCAAAAAAAAAAGGAAUUGCGAUCUCCGAUUUGCUCGCCGCCUAUGGCGAAAUCGCCAUGCCCAAGCACCGCCCAAUGUCUCGCAGGCGCUUAAUCGGAAGCCUUACCCGCGUUUUCGAACAUGGCCUUUGUCUUAAUUUGUUGUAGUCUGAGACCAGUAAGUGGAAUAAAGGAAAGCAGCUACAAAGUGAUUUCAGAAACCACAAAUAGAUCGAUUGUAGCUUGUACUCUGUAUCUGUGUUUGAGUUAUGUAUUUGUUUGUUAGCUUUCAAAGAAAACUUGAUAACUGUUUCUGGUAGAGAAAAUUAUAACGUGGCUAGUGUUUUGAUAUAAUUAGAUGCAGUUAUUUAAAAAUCAGUUAUUUUUAAUUAGACAUAACUUUUUAUCAAUUGGUCACACUGCUGUUUUAAUAUAAUAGAUAUAUAACAAUUGAAAAUCUCAUUAGUUUGAGCACAGAACAUGCUGAUGGUUUCUAUAUCAGAAAUGCCAAAAACAUUGUUCUCCCGACAGUCUGAGACAUUUAUGUGACUUAAGCAUGUGAUAAAUGAAACAAAACUUCUCGUUUCUUCUCUUGCGAAGAAUUGUUCUCCCGAGAGAAAGAGUAAACUGUGAUUGAGAGACAACUUGUUGCCUAUUGUUUAACUAUGCACUGGACGAAGUCUCUUCCUUCACAACAGUUGACCUUAACCGUUUACUAAUCAAAGUAUUAGAAGACAAGUUCAUUCCAUUGCUUAGAUAUAUCAACUUGGAGUUUGAUACGUUCAACAACAUUAAUUUACCAUAUCAUAACUUAUCCACUUCCCGAAUUCUCAAACCAUCUCAGUCUGCAACAAAAGAUCAUACCAUAUAUAGACCAACCAAGUUUCAUUCUUCCUCUGCAAAAUUUGAAGAAAAAAUAUGAAGAGAGAACACGACCUCUUCAUCAACCUACUCUUCCUUGUUGUCGUCUUAUUGAUGCAAGUUGGAGAGGGACAAAAUACAGCAACAGACGUUAAAGUGGGAAUCGUGGACGAUGUAGGAAUGGCAUAUUCCAACAUGACCUUGUUCUGUAUCAACAUGUCUCUUUCUGAUUUCUACUCUUCCCAUCCAGAAACCCGGACAAGGCUUGUGACCACCAUUGUUGACUCCAAAAAGGAUGUUGUUAUCGCAGCAGCAGCAGGUACACGCAUCAGUUCAGAUGUACAAUUCUUGUCUGCAUUUAUACUGUCUCUUCCGAGUUUUUUUUUUCGCAUAACAAAACACUCCUUAGCAUUAAUUGCGUUUCUCGCAGCUCUUGAUUUGAUAACAAACCAGAACGUGAAAGCGAUUAUAGGACCAUGGACAUCCAUGCAGGCGCAAUUCAUGAUUGAGAUAGGACAAAAAUCUCAGGUUCCAAUUGUUUCAUAUUCUGCAACAAGUCCCUUCCUAGCUUCCAUCCGUAGUCAAUACUUCUUUCGAGCUACGUAUGAUGAUUCAUCUCAAGUACACGCCAUUAAAGCAAUCAUCAAACUUUUUGGGUGGAGAGAGGUCGUACCUGUAUACGUUGACAACACCUUCGGAGAAGGUAUAAUGCCUCAUCUUACCGAUGCUUUACAAGAGAUUAACGUUCGUAUACCUUAUAGGACCGUGAUCUCUCCCAAUGCCACGGAUGAUGAAAUCUCCCUGGAACUUCUACGGAUGAUGACUCUACCCACUAGAGUAUUUGUUGUCCACAUUGUUGAACUGCUUGCCUCAAGAUUUUUUGCCAAAGCUAAGGAAAUUGGUUUGAUGAAGCAAGGAUACGUCUGGAUCCUCACCAACGCCAUUACCGAUGGUCUUAGUCUCAUGAACGAGACAGAACUUGAUACAAUGCAAGGGGUCUUGGGUGUUAAGACUUAUGUACCCAGAUCGGAAGAGCUUGAAGCAUUUAAAUCUCGAUGGAAGAAUAGAUUCCCACUCUCUGACCUGAGCGUGUAUGGACUGUGGGCUUAUGAUGCCACCACUGCACUGGCACUGGCCAUCGAAGAAGCUGGUACAUCAAAUUUUACUUUUGUCAAGACAGAUGCCAUGAGGAAAAUGUCUGGCUUUCAAGGUCUAGGUGUGUCUCAGUAUGGUCCAAAACUUCUCCAGACACUCUCUGGAGUUCGGUUCAAAGGUCUUGCUGGUGAUUUCCGAUUUAUCAACCGAGAACUGCAGCCGUCAGUGUUUGAGAUUGUUAACGUGAAUGGGCAUGGAGGAAGGACCAUAGGAUACUGGAUGAAAGAACAUGGUCUCUUGAAGAACGUAGACCAAACACAAGCUACCAUGACCACUUUCUCUACUUGGAAAGAUCUACUUAGACCAGUUAUAUGGCCUGGAGACACCACCUUUGUACCCAAAGGUUGGGAGAUCCCAACAAAUGGGAAAAGGCUGAAGAUUGGAGUCCCAACUAAUAGCGGUUCCCCGCAGUUUGUGAAGGUUACAAGGGAUCCUAUCACCAAUUCAACAACAUUCAGUGGAUUCUGCAUCGAGUACUUUGAGGCUGUUAUUCAAGCGAUGCCCUAUGAUGUGUCCUAUGACUUCUAUCCUAUAGAAGAUAUGGAUUACGAGACUUUGGUCUACCAAGUGUACCUCGGGGUAAAGCAUUACCAACAAUUUUCCUCUUGUAUGUCAUUUCUAACCUCCACUAAGCUGGAUUCUCUUAACGAUAGCCUUGUUCUUUUGUGUUUGGAGCAGAAAUAUGAUGCUGUGGUCGGAGAUACAACAAUAUCGGCAAACAGGUCAAAGUAUGUUGAGUUUUCAUUGCCGUACACACCAUCAGGUGUGGGUCUGGUCGUUCCUGUUAAAGACAAUGUCAAAAGAAGCAGUACCAUAUUUUUGAUGCCUUUGACAUGGGGACUAUGGCUACUCAGUCUUUUGUCCUUUUUCAUAAUUGCCAUUGUCGUAUGGGUUCUUGAACAUAGGGUAAAUCCAGAGUUUGAUGGGCCUGGAAAUUAUCAGAUCAGCACUAUACUCUGGUUUUCUUUCUCCAUUAUGGUCUUUGCACCGAGUAUGUCCACUCUCUCCUUCACACUUCUAUGCCAAUUCUCAUUUUUCACAUACUUAAUACUUGUGUUGACUCAGAGUUACACCGCUAGUUUGGCAUCACUUCUAACAUCACAACAGCUUCAUCCAACUGUAACCAACAUAAAUAGUUUGCUAGAAAAAGGAGAAGUUGUGGGAUAUCAAAGCAGUUCCUUCGUUUUGGAAAGACUCAGAGAAUCAGGUUUCUCAGAUGCUAAGCUCGUAAACUAUCACGGAGCAGAACACUGUGACGAGCUACUGAGCAUAGGAUCAGCAAGAGGCGGUAUUUCUGCAGCUCUCAUGGAAGUGCCAUAUGUGAGAGUCUUUCUCGGGCAGUAUUGUAACAAGUAUAAAAUGGUUCAAACACCAUUCAAGGUCGAUGGAUUAGGCUUCGUCUUUCCCAUUGGAUCCCCUCUAGUGGCUGAUGUUUCAAGGGCCAUUCUAAAAGUGGAAGAGUCGAACAAGGCAAACCAACUGGAGAACGCAUGGUUCAAGAAAAUAGAUGAAAGUUGCUCAGAUCCACUCACCGGCCCCGACCCAAAUCCAUCUGUAUCCUUCCGGAAACUUGGCAUCGAUAGUUUUUGGGUUUUGUUCCUCACUGCUGCCGUAGUCUGUGCUUUUGCAUUGGGGAAAUGUAUGUUCCAUUUCUUGAAGGAAAACCCAGAUCAAAGAAACCUGCAAGGAUUGUGGGAAAAGUUCCUUCAGCCAGACAGAAAUUCAUACAUUAACCAAGUGACGAAGAAAUGUCAAUGCUCCAUGAAUAACCAUGCAGAAGCAAACCCAGCAAACAAUGGCAGCCAAAGUUAG